AGACUAUGAUCCGGAUGAAGUACUUCACUUUAGAGUAUUUGAACCAAAAGAUUGCAUCAUUCCCAUAUCAGCACACUGAUAAAGUGGAUAGACCUCAUCCAAUUCCCAAAACAUUUUUGUCUCGAGGAACGAUAGGAGGGAAUGGACAUGAAAAUGCUACUCUGCUCCGACUGCUUCCAUUACUUGUAGGCAGUGUAGUACCAGAAGGUGAUGGUGCAUGGACAGUUUUGAUGGAACUGAAAGAGGUAGUGCAGUUAGCAUUAUGCCCAUCAUUUACUGAUGAAACCUUAGACUAUUUUCAGUCCAAAAUCAGUGAUCAUAAGCAAGUACUUCUGCAAACGUUCCCAGAGUUUAACCUUCGUCCUAAACAUCACUACGUGGAGCAUUACCCCACCAUGAUCAAGUGCUUUGGGCCCCUGGUGCAUGUUUGGACAAUGCGAUUUGAGGCCAAACACCGUUUUUUUAAACGAGUGGUGCAUGACGCUCAAAACUUCAAAAAUAUUUUGAAGACAAUGGCAGUCAGACACCAACACAUGAUGGCAUACCAUCUUGCUGCCCCUUCAUUUUUCAACCCUGAAACACAAGCGUCCAGUGUUGACUCUGUUCUGGUUUCAGCUCUACCAGAAGUAGCUCAGCUACACAUCAGAAGACUAACAACUAGUGACACAAUAUACCAGACAUCAAAGGUUACCAUCAAUGGCACAGACUAUGUCUGUGGAAUGUUUUUGUCUGUCGGAGAGAGUGGUGGACUACCUAGGUUUUGCAGAGUAGAACACAUUUACCUUGUCAAUAGCACCAUUUCAUUCCUUUGUUCUGAUUGUGAGUCCUGGUUUUCAGAACAUCUUGGAUCCUAUGAGCUCUCACCUUCACAGACAAGUCUGUCAAUCCACCUAAGGUCUGACUUAAACGAUUCAGUCCCUCUCUCUGCAUACGAGGUAGAAGGCUCGCUUCUGUUGACACCCAAGAGAUUCAUACAAAUAAAACAAGCCAGUGCAUAAUGGCAGCUUUAUCUCCACAAGCCAUGAUCCUUCGUGUUGUUGAGCCAGACCGGGCUAGAAAAUUAAAACUUAGUUCACGACCAGCCUCUGUUGAUGCACUGAUUGCUGUUAUAAAAGAACAGCUGGAAAUAGACCUUGACUUCAGUUUAAAAUAUGAAGACCCUGACUUUGAUGGAAAACUUACUUCCCUCUCUGACAUUGAUGAGUUGCCACAGAAAGCUGUUGUGCAUGUGUCAUUUGAGCAAGAUUCCAGCUCUGUUGCAUCAACAGAAACAAUGUCAAGUGUAUCAUCCUCAGAACGUGGGAGAAGAUGGCCUUCACAUAUUUUUCCAAUUCCCACAUUUUCUUUUGACGUUGAACUGAGACUUCGGGAAGGUAAUGCCGAAUUUGAGAAGAACAACAAGCAACUUCAGUUAACUAGAGACAUAAAACAUGACAUUUUAGAAAAGCUAGCAUCUGUGAUGUAUGGCUACAAGGCUUAUCCCAGUGAUAAGGAGAUAGCAAUGGUAGCUGAGGCUCUUGUGGUAAAACAUCCUUGCUUGAAAGAAGCAGGAUCUCAGACUGGCUGGAAUGGGUGGAAAAAUAGCCUCAAAUUUAAGAUGGGGAACUAUAGGAGCAAGAUGAGAAGGGCUGGAUGUCCAGAGAUCACUGUAAAUGCUGGAAAAAGGAGUGCAAUGAAUCCUGACAAUGAAUCUUCACAUUCAAAUAUUAAAAGACCCAAACGAGCAGAAGUAAACUUUUUGCCCAACUUUCCCCAAGGAGAAAAUCCCUCAACUCUUGAACAGUUGAGACAGAAAAUUGUUGAUGAAAUGAAGAAAGCUGAGAAGAACUUACCACUUAUAAAAAAGAUGAUGCAAACCACCUUUGCUCUGCGGCGACAGACCAUAGUGAAGACAUGCCCACCAGUAAAAGAGCUCAUGGAACUCUGGCCUGCACUCAAAAUGGAAUCUGAGGUGUAUGCAGAGUUCCAACGGAUUACAAACGAGAACCUGCCCAACACAUUCUACUCUGAGCUUGACCGACAUCUUCCUAGACUGAUGACCCUGUUCAGACAGAAAGCAUCCAGAACCGGGAAGACAUCAGAUACUUUAACUGAAAUCCUAAGAAUCCAUGAUGACCAGGAGUUUCAUGACAUACACACCAAACGUGUCACUGUUCUUCAUGCGCUUCCUGUGUAUCUACGUGAGGACGUCUCUGGGUUUUUAAGGACCUGCAUGGACACAUCUGAUGAGCCAGAGCUUUUAGAUGUUGCAGUGGCCCUCCUCACAGUCAUCAAAGAUAAUGACACAAGUCCAGUUCACUUCCAGCCUGUGAAAAUCUCUGUUGUCAUCGAAAUUGAGAUUGUGGGCAGCCUCUCCAGAUUUGCUGAUGCCUUCCUGGUAAUGUUUGGACUAAUCUAUGCACUACACCUCAACUAUCCCAGGGGACUGACCAACACUUUUGAAUUCAUUCAAAAGAUUUUGCUUGGUCUUGAUGAGGGUAAACUGUCACCCAAGUUACAGAGUCUCAAAAAUGACUUGAUGUGUAUGUAGAAAUGUAUUGGAAAAAUUACUAAGGCCUGGCAGUUCCUCAGUAGUUCAAUGUAAAAACAAUUUGUGAAAAUAAUGGUUGAAAGGUUUUUGCACUUUUUCCCCCCAAAAUGUGCACAGUGUGCAUUUAUUAAUGUGCAGUUUUCAUUUCUAAAUGUUAUUUGUGAUUUUAAAACAGCUCUUGUUCUUUACAAUUGUUAAGUACAGCUGGGUAGUACUUGGUAACAAUGCAUGUAAUUUAGUUUUAAAUGGUUCAUGUUUUUGUAAAAGUUCAUGCAGGUUUGUGAAUUUGUAAUGUCCGAGAUGUGGUCUUAAUCAGUU